ACCCGCCUCAGCCUCCCAAAGUGCUGGGAUUACAGGCCUUGAGGAGCUGGUUCUGUCAGAGAUGAACUCACCAAGCCGGACCCAGACAGGGGACAGCAGUAGCAUCUCCUCCUUCAGCUACCGGGAGAUCUUGCGGGAAAAGGAGAGCUCGGCUGUUCCAGCCAGGUCCUUAUCCAGCAGCCCUCAGGCCCAGCCCCCUCGGCCAGCAGAGCUGUCAGAUGAGGAAGUGGCUGAGCUCUUUCAGCGGCUGGCAGAGACACAGCAGGAGAAAUGGAUGCUGGAGGAGAAGGUGAAGCACCUGGAGGUGAGCAGUGCUUCCAUGGCAGAGGACCUCUGCCGGAAGAGCGCCAUCAUUGAGACCUACGUCAUGGACAGCCGGAUCGAUGUGUCUGUGGCAGCAGGCCACACAGACCGCAGCGGGCUGGGCAGCGUCCUGAGAGACCUAGUGAAGCCAGGCGACGAGAACCUUCGGGAGAUGAACAAGAAGCUGCAGAACAUGCUGGAGGAGCAGCUCACCAAGAAUAUGCACUUGCACAAGGACAUGGAAGUUCUGUCCCAGGAAAUUGUGCGGCUCAGCAAGGAGUGCGUGGGGCCUCCUGACCCAGACCUAGAGCCAGGAGAAACCAGCUAAAGACCUGCAGGCUGCACCCACCUCCUCCCCUUCCUACCCCCUAGGAUGCCAUUCCCUUGGGCUGUGGCGGGGAAAUGAGGGCUGAAGCCAAAAUCAAAUAGCUUGGGAGACUGGACAUUAAAGGGACUAGAGGCCUGAUGGUUAGUGUUAAUGAUCCUGUCUUAGGGCAGAGGCCACCAGGGAGUGGGGAUCCUGAAGGAAGGGGCAGGGAUUUCUCCUUCUUCUUGGUCCUGGCUCCCAAGGGCUUCUGUCUUCAUCUCUGCAUGAGCUCUCCUUCCCAGAGACCAACUCUUUUUUAUUUUAUUUUAUUUUAUUUUUUAAUUUAUGUCUGGAGCCUGGCUACUCUGCAUUUGGGAUUGGGGAUGUUGGGUAGGUGUGUGGCCCAUGUUCAGCGUUCUAGCAACACGUGUGUGUGUGUGUGUAAAGGCUGUGCAGCCAAAAUACCAUCUGGCCAGACGGGCCCACCCAC